AUGCAGAAUUCCCCACCGCUUAAGGUCGCGAAGCGCAGGGCUAGGCCCGUGAAAGCAGCGCAGCCGAGCACAGCUUCUUCCCCUUUGGCACCGGCCACAACGGGGACGACGCCCGAUCAGCCACCACGCCGAGCUUCAGUCAAUGUUCCUUCUUGGAAUCAAUUCGCCGGCCCCAGUUGGACCCCAAAUUCUGAGAAGCCUGAUGAAUCUGAGGUGGACACCCCGUCGAAGAAAAGCGUCCCCAGAAACAGAUCAACAUCUGCGAUGUCGUUGAAAUCGGCAAAACCUCCCCACAUCGAGAGACCUGACAACCUUGGGCGAAAUUCUGGCGACCUUGGCAACGUCACUCGGGCUAAGCCAUCUUUGCACAGUUCUUACACUUCCCCAAGCCUAACCUCUGAAAUUGAAAGACGAAAUCAACGGCCUGUCGUACAGGAUCGAAGUGCAAGCGAGCAACCUUCAACGCCAGCAAAGAAGCUUAGCGGCCCCCAAAUCGACCGCAAACUUGAGUUCAUGAUCAAGGCCGGCCCUAAGGCAAAGUCUGCGGGCUUCCUCUAUGUACAGGUCACCCAGCCACGCGAGAUCAAACAACGUCUACUCAAAAUCGGCGUCACCAAAUUCCUUCCAGAAAAGCGUGGCAAAGACAUUCAGUCCCAGUGCAAACACCCAGAGUUUUUUGAACAUGAAGAUGCACCAGCAGUGAAAUUCUCCUGGAACGGCUUUGCCGAAAAGCUGGUCCACGCCGAGUUGACCAACUUUUGUCGAUCAUGGGCCUGCGGCUGCGGAAAGAAGCACAGAGAAUAUUUCGAAGUGAGUGAUGAAAUCGCUCUGGAGGUCUGGAGCAGAUGGACAAAGUUUUGUGAACAGGAGCCGUGGGAUUCCCAAGGCAGGCUGUUGCCAAUGUGGGAACAUAGACUGCGGCAUAGAGUUCGGUUCACCGACUCAAAACAAGAUUUCGAUCAUGGAGAGCUUGCCAAACACUGGCGAACAUGUGUCUUGCCAAGUUCGAUAGAGCUCCUCAUAAACGACACUCGGGUUCUCUGGAAUCAUAUCUACCCCAAUCGUUGGCAUUUUGCUGCCGUGGCGGAGGCACUUACAAUGGUUUUCAUAUGGCCAACUUCUUUCUGGACAUCAAUGUGGUGGAAGGUGAUUCUCGUUCUAGCUAUGCUGGAGCUAUUUUGCCUGGACGGCAUGUACAUGAAGGAGUCUUUUUCCAGCCUUCUGAGUGGAAGUCUUCAACGCGUCAAACUUUGGUCGCUAUCGGACUUGCCAGAGCAUGGGCCAGACCUAGAAGCCAAAGAUCCCUCGCCAGCCGUCUCUUCUGAGCAGCAAGCUCAAAAUGGGCUUCAUGAAGAUGCAGACACAGAGAUGAUGGAGGAUGUUCCCAAUGGCGAGGAUGACGACAUUGUUGAUGGAGAGUGGGAUGAGUCUGAUAACAGCAGUGACGAUGAUCAGGUUAUGGACGAAGAUGUUCUUUCUGAUCAGAGUCCCUAG